AUGUCAAACAAAGCGAGGAGGAUGCUGGUUCUUCUGCUGAUCAUCCUGAAGGAAGCUGGCCCGACCGCAGCCUGCAGCAGCAGCUGUUCAUCAGUCUGUGACUGCAGCAACAGAGGCCUCACCAGUGUUCCUCAGGACCUGCCUACGUAUAUCAGUUGGCUUGACUUGGAGGGAAAUGCCAUCACAGACAUAAGUCAGUCUGAUUUCUCAAGGUAUAGGAGCUUGAAAACAUUAGAUCUUCCAUCCAAUCAGAUCUCCAUUAUUCAAAACAAAACAUUCCACUAUUUAACCAGCCUAACUCUCCUGUACCUUGAAAAUAAUCAUUUAACUAGACUGCCAGCUGACAUAUUUGAGGGACUUGGUAAUCUGGAGUCAUUGUGGCUUGACAACAACAACAUCAGCACCAUCACAGCUGACACAUUUGGGAACCUACUUGAGCUUCAAACACUGAAACUUUCUGGUAAUAACAUCAGCACUUUCCCUGUAGAGGCCUUGUCAAAUUUGAAUACUUCAGUGCUGUCAGACCUUCGAUUAGAUAGUAACAAAUUAGAGACAUUAACAUCGAUGGCAUAUGACAUACUGGCCUCCAUUUCAACAGUCAACAUUUCCAACAACCCCUGGCAGUGUGACUGUAGGAUGGCUCCCUUUAAGCAGAGGAUGAACGGGUCUUACCCUUUUGAAGACCAGACCAGGUGUGCCGGACCUGCUAAUCUUACAGGGCAUCUUUUACGGGAUGUAAAUCCCGAAGACCUGAUCUGUAAAGAGACAACACCAGUCUCAGUCUACUCAACUUCCAGCACAAAACACAUGGUUGACUCUACUCUUACUCUUAGCUUGUCAGACAGCAGUUCUUCUCCUUUCCAUCAGUCAGUUAUGCCAACGUCAAAGGCACCAACAUUGUCCCCAACAUUGAGCAACACUCCCACCGCUGACUCUAACCCAGGCAGGUCUACAGGCAGUAAUGACUCUCCUUUUGUAACUUCCAAAGCAUCAACAUUAGAGAUUCUAGCAUCUUCUCCAACACCCCACACAGCCCACACUACUGAAUCUAACCCAGGCUGGUCUACAGUCAGUACUGAUUCUCCUUUUGGUUUUCAGUCAACACUGACAGAGGGCAAUACUGGCCCUGCUGAUGGUGGCAUUGUCCUGUCUGUGCCCUUGAUUGCUACUUUGUGCGAUGUUCUUGGACUAUUCAUUAUUUCUAUCAUUGCCUUUGUAGUAUGGCGCAUGUAUAGGAGAAUGCAAGGGGACUCUACUUCUGUGCAAGGCUUUAGUAACACAAACACAGACACAUCCAGUGUUAAUGACCAGAUAAGGCUACAGGCAGUUACAACAAAUGAAGAAAUAAACACUUAAUCACAGCAGCUGCCCCUGGUGCUGACAGCCCUCACAACUAUGAACCCCUGAGGAACCCCAAAAGUCAGCAGCAGCACACAUACACAUCCCUGCUUUCUAACUCUAAGGAUUCUCAACACCAAUAGACAGCAGCAAAUGACUGAUUUGAAGAAUAAUGUACACCCCCGAAAAAAUGGUUAAGCACACCAGAUCACAAUAUGGUGAAGGAGCGGGAGGAUGGGCUCCACCUUCAAAUAUCAAUUGCCCAAAGACAGAAUGGAUAACAACUCACGGUCUGAAAAAAGCUAUAGAACCUCUUUCAUAUUAUUAUAAAAUGGAUAACUUCAAUGUCUGACCUCUCUUACACUGAAAGAAUUGAACUAAUACUUAAAUUAUAUUACAUGUACAAACUAACAACUGCAUGAAAACCACACUAUAUUUCUGGUGAAAAAAAGUUGCUUGUUUGUAAAUUAUAGCUGAAGGUACUGUGGAAAAAUGUUUUCAAUUGGCUUGUA